CGCCUCUUCGCCACGACUCCCAUCGUCCCUUUUGACCUCCCGCGAAAUAAUCACGGCUAGGACGAACUUCAGAACCUGAGUGAUACUGAGAUCCUGGGAUCUGGAGCUUGCAUACGAUACCCAGCAGUGUUGUCAUCGUUGAGCAAUACGCGACUCGGGACCUCAGAGCAGAUACUAUGUUCUUGUAGAUCCUGGCCUCUACUCUUCUUACAGUGAUAUACUGCAUUUCCAGCCGACUUGAGAUCAAUAGACCUCCACACGAUAUCAUGGCCUCUGUAGCACCGACGGGUUCACAGGGUGGUGCUUGGGAUGAUGAAGCUGCAUUCGACAAGUUUGCGACGCUGUUCUCGCCAGCCACACCUCGCGCAUCACCAACACCCGAAGGGAAGGCCGCGAUGAACGCGCCGCCAGUCGCCCAGCGAAGACCUCCCCCGAUUGCCACGUCCGACUCCGAGUUCGGCUCGUUCGUCACCGUGUCAGCCAACGAGGAUCCGCUCUCCUUCAUGUCCGCCUCGCCGAGCGUGAGCGCGCUCCCGCCACCCAUCCAACCAUCCGUCACGCCCAGGACACCUCAGGUGGCGGCUCAUCCGGCAACUACCACAGGGAAUGUCAAGCCAAAUCAUACCCGUGCAAAUCCAAGUCUUGAUUUCUUCGAUGCUUUUGGUCGGGAGGCGAAAGAAGCGUCUGAGCGGAACAAACGACAGGUCCUCGACGAACUCCUGCUGCACGACUCAGAUCCAUUAUCCUUCCUCUCCUCGAAGCAAGAUGAAGUGUCAUUUCGACAAACCACAUCGCCAGGACAGCCCUUCACCGACGCACCCUCUACCACAUCUCCCGGGGUGGAUGCAGACGAGGAGUUCGGCGAGCUGCAGUCUAGCGCGCCACCGUGCAGCAGUGUAACGUCCUUCGGCCCCUCCUUAAUUGACUUCGAUCCUCUUGCCGAGCCCGAGAAGCCGCCAACACUCGCGGACGAUGCUGCGUCCACCUCCACUGGCCCACACCACCAUCACCAUCAUCACCACCAUGUAGGCUCGCCGACAAGGCAGUCAACGCUCACACCUUCCACGCUUGCUCCGCCCUUAACUUCGUCGAGCUCUGUCUCGUCUAAACCGGCGACUCCGGCCAUCGAGCAUUCCCCAGAGUUCCCAUUUCCCUCGAGUAGCCCGCCGCCGAGAUCACAGUCUAUGCAGACGCUCUCCGGGCUUUCGUCCUCAUGGCUCUCUACCAUCCGCGAACGCGGCCUUUCCUCUAUCCUCCCCGCCACGCACACCCGUCAGGCGACAGACCCCGGACGCAUACUACCUGGCCACCCCAAUCCCCACCCGCACGCCCCCGGCCACACCCCCGCCCAGCCCGUCACCAUCACCCACAACACGCCCUUCACACCCACAGGGCCCGCGCACUCCCCCUUCGCUGCGCACGUCUACAUCCCGCCUAGCGGGGCGCCCGGCUUUCGCGGAGAAGCAUACGACUGGGACAAGGGGUACUCCGUUGAGCUGGAGCGCGAGCUCCAGGCGUCGGGGGCAUCGUCGUCGAGAGGUGUUAGUCGGUCGCCGCCGGGUACUGCGUCGAGCACGUCGUCGAGGGCGCCGGCGUCGGUGAGGGGCGUGUCCCCGAAACCGCAGGAGCCGCCGGGCGAGGUGAAGCCGGCGACGGUGGACGAUGUGAUCCAGAAGAAGCUGGGCGGGGUGUUACUGACGGGGCGGAAUCCGAAUACGGAGGUCGUACUGACGAACGAGACGGCGGAUUCG